GCUUACUGGCAGCUGUUAUCCGUUUGGCUGUUCCUUUGAGAGCCUUUUAGUCUUCCUUUGGAUAUUUCCUUGGCCCCAUUUACAGGGAUGGAGUCCAAGAUGUGCCCUGAGGACCAGGCAUCUGAACAGCCUCCAAAGAGAGACUUUUUCAGAGAUCAGACUUUACUGAGGAAGCAAUCAGAGUUGCUCCUGAGGCGGCGGAGAAAGAUCAGCCACGCUUGUGUCAAAGGCAAGGGUCAACUGAAGCUCUCCAUCAAUAUGCAAGGCAAGGACCUUAUGCUGUACGUUAUGGAAGCCAAAGGCCUGAUGGGGAAAGAAUACCGGAUUUGCGACUCCUUUGUCAAGAUGUCUAUUGUACCAGACACGGAUCGGAGGUGCAGGCAAAAGACCAAGACUGUUCCAGACAACAAAAAUCCGGUUUUCCAUGAGCACUUUCUCUUCCCUUUGCAAGAUGAAGAUGAGAGAAAGCGUCUGCUGAUCACAACUUGGAAUCAACCAAGGAAUUCCAGGCAGAGUGAACUUAUCGGCUGCAUGAGCUUUGGUGUGAAGACCCUGCUGAGCCCAGACAAGGAGAUCAGUGGCUGGUACUACUUGCUGGGGGAAGACCUGGGCAGGACAAAGCACCUGAAAGUGGCUGCACGACGGCUGAAGCAGAGUGGAGAGCUGAUGCUGGCCCAGCCAGCCCCCUUGCUGGGGAGCCAGCAGAUUGAGAAUGCGGAGCAGCUCAAGAUCACAAUCCCACGAGGAAAAAAUGGCUUCGGGUUCACCAUCUGCUGUGACUCACCUGUCCGGGUGCAGGCUGUGGACUCUGGUGGUCCUGCGGAGAAGGCCGGUUUACAGCAACUGGACACUGUCCUUAAACUCAAUGAGCAACCUGUCGAGCACUGGAAGUGUGUGGAGCUGGCUCAUGAAAUCCGAAACUGUUCACGGGAGAUCAUACUACUGGUGUGGCGCAUCGUUCCUCGGGUCAAACCUGGCCUAGAAGCCGUCAUCCGCCGCUCUUCUUGCAAAUCAACAUAUGACUUGCAGUCCCCACCCAACAAACGGGAAAAGAACAGCUUGCUGCGGCCGCGUCCACCUGAGCACCGCCAAAGCUGCCACGUUGUGUAUGAUGGGAACGAGGGUCUGGUGCUGAACGGCUGGGAGCGCUACACAGAGCUUGGGAAGGCCACCCAGCGUACCAUGCCCCCACUCUCUCGACCCCCCUCUACAGGUGGGGACAAGAACUACAUCAUUCUGGCACCUCUCAAUCCAGGAAGCCAGCUUCUGAGGCCUGUGUACCAGGAUGGCAAAACUCCUGGAGGCAAUACGUGUAAAGGGGGUUCUCAUGGCAAGAAAUCCCGACUCAUGAAGACAGUGCAGACCAUCAAGGGCCACGGCAGCAACUCCCAGAACUGCACUCUGGUGAGGCCCAACAUUGCUCACUCCAGUUAUGGCACAUAUGUGACGCUGGCUCCCAAAGUGCUGGUCUUCCCCAUCUUUGUGCAGCCUCUUGACCUUUGCAAUCCAGCCCGAACGCUGCUUUUGUCAGAAGAGCUGCUUCUUCAUGAGACCAGAAACAAACCUACAAAGGUAACACUCUUCAUCUACUCAGACUUGCUGCUGUUCACCAAAGAAGACGAACCGGGCCGUUGCAACGUCCUCCGGAAUCCGCUUUACCUGCAGGAUGUCAGACUGCAAGAGGAUUCCCCUGAGGAUCUAAAGUUCUGCAUCCUCUAUCUGGCUGAGAAACUGGAGUGCCUGCUGAGCUUGGAGGCUCAUUCCCAUGAGCAGAAGAAGAGAGUCUGCUGGUGCUUGGCUGAUAACAUUGCAAAGCAGCAGAUGACCACCCCGACAGCCCCUCCUGCAGAGAAUAAGAUGUUUGAGCCUGAGACAGAGAAACCAGGGGCCAUGCCCUCUGUGGGGGAAGAUGUAAGCAGCCCUAUUGCCCACCCUUUGAAAGGGGACCUGGCAGAGGGGAUGCCGGAGGAGACUGUGAAGGAGGUUCCCGAUGCCCCUACGGAAAAGGACAAGGAGACGAGCCCUGUGGAACGCCAGGAGGAGGAGGAGGAGGCAGGGCCCUGCAGUUGUCCUGUGGCCUUCACAAUCCCCAAGCUGCAACUGGACAGCACCUUCAGCCAGGGUACGGCAGGCAUCGCCACUCUGGAGCUUGAAAGCCCAGAGGAUCAGGAGGAGGAAGAAGAGGAAGAUGGAGAAGAGGAGGAAGACGAAGAAGAGGAAAACGAUGAGGCCUACUUGUGCAGGGGCGACAUGAAGCGCUCCAGCAUGAUCGACACUUUGCAGUGUGAGACAGCCUGCCGCCUCAGUGUCCAGAACUCCCUGAGGCGACGCACCCACAGUGAAGGCAGCCUCCUCCACGAGUCCUGGGGCGGCCACUGCUUCAGCUCCGACACCAGCCUGAAUUAUGCCGAGGGGCAGAGCCCCACCGCCGGCUGGACAAUGCCAUCCCCCAAGACGCUCAAGAAAGAGCUCACAGGGAACGGGAGCUCCAUUCACCAGUUCGGUCUGCUCUUUGCUGGGCACCGGAAGCAGCAGCAUAUGCUGGAUCCUGGUUGUGCCUGCGCCCAAGAAGCCAUAGCUGUCUGCAAAAGGAUGAACAAGAACCUGGCCAAAGAUAUGAAGAACCGUUUGGGCAUCUUCCGACGGCGGAAUGAAUCUCCUGGAGGACACCCCCCAAGCAAACUGGACAAAGUCUCAAAGUCUCUGAGGCCGACUGUGGAAGAAGCUCUCAAAUGGGGAGAGUCCUUGGAAAAGCUGCUUCAACAUAAAUAUGGCUUGGCGGCCUUUCGCGCCUUCUUACGCACCGAGUUCAGUGAAGAGAAUCUGGAGUUCUGGCUGUCAUGCGAGGACUACAAGAAGAUCAAAUCCCAGUCCAAGAUGACAUCGAAAGCCAAGAAGAUCUUUGCAGAAUACAUUGCUAUCCAGUCUUGCAAAGAAGUUAACCUAGACUCCUAUACUCGGGAGCACACCAAAGAAAACAUGCAAAACAUAAGCCGGAGCUGUUUUGAUCUUGCCCAGAGACGUAUCUAUGGGCUGAUGGAGAAGGACUCCUAUCCCCGUUUCCUCCGCUCAGAGCUGUACUUGGACCUCAUUAACCAGAAGAAGCCCAGCCCUGUGUUGUAGAGGGGAGCAGGGCCUGCUUCUCCAGGAAGACUGUAUGGGAGGUGUAUGUUUACAUAGGAGUGGCGGCUGCCUUUUGGCAGGGCACUGCCAGGACAUGGAAGCCAUAUCUGCCUCUGGAAGGGACCUGGGGUUGGAGAGCUAAGUCGUCGGGCACCAUCCCAUCCUGGAACUGCUAUUUUUCCCCUCUCUUUGGUACGACAAUGUGAACAGGGCGAAGGGUCUGUGAUCCCACCAGACCACUGUGAAAUUCAAAGCUGUCUUUCCCCCUCUAACACCACGGAGAUGGCUUGAACACAGGGACUCCAGAAGGAACCAGACGGCUUUUGUGGGCAGCAUUGCAGCUCCUUCCCAAAGGACUCCUCUAUCCCUUGGUGAUUCAAAGUAGACGAAGGAAGACUCGCACACUGGGGAAGAUCAGCACUUCAGUGUCUCCGCUCUCCCCCUCCUCAUGUGACUCGGCCAGCAGACCAACUGCUUCUCCCUUCCCUCUCCCCCCUGCCCCAAUCAUCUGUCUCUAGGGUUAUUUAUUGAACUCUUCUAACCAGAUGCACAACCAGUUGUGUCUGGGAGAACUUCUCAACUUUCUUAAGUCCCCCCCCCCCUUUCUUUAAUUUAAGUGCAAUAUCGUUUCUUUCAUUUUUAAUGUAUGUCCAGCGGGGGUGGUGGGGGAGGUCUCGCAGUGGAAUGGGUGCAGAUUUUGUGUGUUCAGCAUCUUUUGUUUUAAACUGUUUUGAGUCCUUCCUGAAUGUGUUCCACCCCAGCAGCAGGCAGCUGGGAAAUUGUUAAAUGGGGGGUGGGUGGGAUAUGCAGAAUAUCACUGCAGUGGCAAACUUUGUAUAGAUAAAUCCAGCUGUAUAAAUCUCUGUGCAGUGUGAAGUCAGAUUGGGAGAGUGUGUGUGAGAAAGCUGUGUGUGUGUGAGAGAGAAAGAGAGAAUGUGUGUGUGUGUAUAUACCUGCUUGGUAGUGUUUGGCCCAGAAAGACUCUUAUCUGUUCUUCCUCUAGGAGUCUGCCAGACAGCCUCUUGGCCAAGUGCCUGGUUUACAAUUCAGAACCAUCUCUGCAGUUAGUAAAAACAAUUUUUUUUGAGAUGUCAUGGCUAUUUAGGAUAAAUAAAGAGAUGAUAGAACUUC